CAGUAUGACAUGCAGAUGAGUGCCGUCGAUCUUAGAAUCACCGCACACUUCACUCAUUUGGGCAGUCACGGGGCCAAAACCAGAGUGUGGAGCCACAGUGUGGCGGUGGAGGCAGCAGCAAUGGGAGGCCAUACAGCACCCUAUGACAAAAUGGAACCCACCAGCAGUGUGAGGAGACCUGAAAGUGGCACAUGGCAGAGUGUGGCGAUGAAGACAGCAGCAAUGGGAGGCCGUACAGGGACCCAUGACACACUCUGGACCUGGCAGCAGCAUGAGGCGGCGGUACAGGGGCCCAUGACAGAUUACGGGCCUGGCAGCAGCAGUGGGCGGGCGGUGGAUGCAGCAGCAGCACCCUAUCACAAAAUGGAACCCACCAACAGUGUAAGGAGACCUGAAAGUGGCACA